UUUACAGGCUCUGUUCGGGACAAGGUCACAAGUUUAUUUCCGGUAUAAACAUUUCGGCAUCGACUCCGGCAAAAGCUCUGCUGGGUUUCUGUACUUCGUCACCUUAAGAUUUUGUACGUUGUGGGAAGUGCACUGAAGCCACGGAUGUCUGUGAGAUCCAUCUUGUCAAAGUCCUUGCAAGCCAGGGGGUUUGGAGUCAGGUCAAAACCCUUGCGUCAAAGCCUCUGUCGAGUCCUCAUCUCAGCUGAAAACAAUACUGCUUUUUCUUCUGCUACUGCCAGAAUGAGCAGCAGUAGUUCCAAUGCAAGUUCGGUUGACAUUUCAGGCAACCCAUUCUUUGAGAAAUACAAGGCCAAAAUUCAGCACAUGCAAAGCACCAAUCCAGAAGAAUAUGAGGAAAAGUUAAAAGAACUUGCUGAGAGGUUGGCCCCUAAGCCUGUUGAGCCCCAGGUCUCUGAGAAUACGACAAAGGGGAAAAGCGAAGCUGAAGCACCGAAAGUUGUCCCACCAUCUGAAGCUGCUCGAGCUGGUGUUGGAAUGACACGCUCAAAAGGCUUGGAUUCCGUAAUGAAACUGGAAACGAUUCAGGACAAAUCAGCUGAUGAGAUUACCCAGAUUUGGAAUCAGUAUCACAGCACUAAAGAUUGCGUGUUUGCCGUCCUGAAGGCUGAUGAAUUUGAGAACCUAAUUGAGAAGUCAAAGGAAUGUCCCGUGUUUGUGUUUCCUAUACCGCGAGAUGAUGGCUUUGAGUUCAUCCUUUGCCAGUUUGACAGACAUGAUGUUUACUUCACUCCACUGGCAAUGUUUCAGAUGGUCCGAGAGAAUGCUCCUCCAUGCCUAACUUUAUCACACUACCCAGAACUGAUGGAGAGUAAAGGAAUUGUCUUGAUGGAAGGACACU